UGUGUGUGAUGUUUUUUGUCUCUUUUGGGAAGUUGGAACAAAACUAUUUGUCCUGUUAACCAAAGAAACGCGACACUGUUUGUGGCAAAAGGAAUAAUAAUUAUGAACGUAAAGAAAUAUGAUGUGAUGAUGAGUAGUGUUCCACAAACUGCAAGUUCCCCUCCUACUCUUCCACAUAUGUAUUCAGAAGAACUUCAACUUAAGCUUUACCAAGCUUUCAUAUUCUCAAUUCCUAUACUUUUUUCCAUUAUUCUCUUUCUCCUUUUUUACUUGUUCUAUCUCAAGAGAAGAGCUUCUUCUUUCUCUCCACACUUGCUUCCAAGGAUCAAUAUUCCUCCAACUACCUAUCGUUAUUAUUCAUCUUCCUCACCUCGUCGAUUGGAUUUGACCGUGCAAUUCUUGGACAAACUUCCUAGAGUUUUGUUUGAUGAGGAUUUACAAGCAAGGGAUUCACUAUGUUGUGUUUGUUUGGGAGAAUUUGAGGUGAAGGAAGAGUUGCUACAGAUUCCAUAUUGCAAACAUGUGUUCCACAUUGAUUGCAUACAUCAUUGGCUACAAUCAAAUUCAACUUGUCCACUUUGUAGAUGUUCCAUCAUUCCCACUAUCACCAAAUUCCUUAAUCCUGCACCCCCUAUUAAUAUUAUUAUAUCAGACCCACCUCACCAAGAUGCUAUCAAUUUGGAUUCUCCAUUACCAAAUUCAUCAUUGCCAGAUCAAGCUGGUGCUUCCUCAAAUAUCAUGUCUAGGGAAUGAUACAUAAUUUUUUAUUUUAAUUAAUUAUGGUCUUUGAUUUGAAGGGAUGAAUUUAAUUAGCAGCUAUUGUAGCUGUUUAAUUACAUUCAAAAAUCAAAAACCAACAAAUUAUGAAAUAACAUUUAGUCCUUCUAAUUUGUAACUUUGAAAUUCACUUAGUUUGUGGAAUGCUGCAAACACAAUUUCUUGUGAAGAAUUGUUCUUUUUUCCUUUAUAAGAAAGGUUAAACUUGUGAAUGUACGAGAAGGAAUAACAUGUGCAAAUAGAAAGGCAUCACGUGCAUUCAGUUUUGUUAUCAAA